GGGACCCACAUGCCCCCCCCUACCUGAGGGGUUGGCCUUGGCCCCUCGCUUUCUGCUUCCUCGUGUUCUUCCUCCUCCUCCUCCCUGUGUCCUCUCGCGCACGGGGAUCUCCCAUAAGAAGUAGAUACAAAUCACAUUGUAUUUCUUCGUCAAAUGGAUGAAAGUAAUGCUAUUACUUCAGCAACUCCUGAAUUACUAGAUCCUCAAAAAGAAGGAAAGACAAACGCAACAGCAAAAACAAACUGCGUAAGUACACUGACUCCGAGUUGCAAUGGGAAGCGUCUUCCCCAUUAUUUGAUGCCUUCGCAAGGGACCUGUCAUGAUUUAUGUAAAGCACAUAUAAAAGCAGAUACCAUCUGCCGGCUGACUUUUUCAAAUAAUAAUGAGAAUGUUCUUUCUCGUUAUUUAACACCUUCUCAAGGUUCUUGUCAUGAUUUGUGCAAACAUGGCCAUAAGCAUGAACGUGAGGAAGCUAAGAGAAGGCAUCACUUCUUUUCAAGGUUUUACAGCUAUGAUCAGCUUCUAAACGAUGAGUACAAUAAGUCAGAUUUGAUGACUGUAAAACAUAGAAGACACAAAUCAGGCAUCAUGAGUGUAAGGCAGAAACCAGAUAUUCAGCUGAAGAAAGUUCCGAAAAAAGAAGAAAGUUUUGAUAUGCUCCAACUCUACGAGGAGAUGGAUCUUUCACCCGAGAAGAGCGUCCUGGCCUCUAAUUCACCUGACAAUCUAACAGAAGGAUCAGUUCAGGCACCAUCAAGUUUGGAGCUUAAUGACCACGAAAUUAUUGUGUCUUUUGAUAAAUCAGCUGCAGCGAGAGUUGAGGAAUCUAUGGAAAAUGGAACUGGUCAGCAUGAGUUAAUUAACACAGCAAGAAAUAAACUUAUAGCCAGGGAACCUGAAAGAACAGACAUACAGAAUGAAUUUUCUUUUCACAAUGAUGCACUCAUCACUGGAGUAGGCGAAUCACCUAACAGACUCAUGAGCUUGAAGUCUAUGGUUUCAUCAACUGCCGAGGGAAAAACUGAUCCUGAAUAUGAAAGAGCAAAUCCAUCAGAAGUAUUUUCAGCAGAGCAUAUAAGCACGGAAUUGAUAGGACCAAUUCCAAUUUCAGAUGACAUUGAGCCUGGUCAGUGUCAAACAUCAAACAGAGAAGAGGAAUCAUGUAAUAAACCGAUAGAUAACAAGAUGCAAAUUGUUCAUCGAUCAUCUGAGUCAUCAUCAGGUUCAAAAUUGAAGAACCAUAAGAGCAAAGAAUCUGCUAAGAAAAGAACUCUUGUUGAAUUAGCAUCUAAAGAAGCUCUGGGCAUGAAGUUGAAGACACCACGAAUUCAAAAGACACGCCCAUCUAAUGUCAGUGCACCUUAUCAAGCUUCAUUCGCCACAACCCAUACCCAGCUGAAGAGUUCAAAAUUACAAGAUAAGACAAACAAGGAGUUGAACAAGCCAAGGAACCGACUGAAGGAAAUUGGAGGUACUGGAAGAUAUAAAGUUGUAAGGGAUGUAUCUGAUGGGCCAAAUCUUGUCAAGAAGAAUUUUGCUUUGAAGCAAGCAAUCAAUGUAGUUAAGUCAGAAACUGACCAUGGGCAUCCAUCAAUUACAUGCAGUGUCAUUGACUUUAUUGCACCUAGAGUGAUCAAUAAUUCAAUUUCACCUCCUUCCGAGCCAAAUAAAGAAGUUGCUACAGCUGUUCCGCAUAUGAAGAAAAAGAAAGAUCUUGUAUCUUCUUCACCUCCAUCCAUUUAUUCAAGAGGGUUAUCUGGUGAAAGGAAUCAAGAGAAGGAAAAGACAACCGAGGUUGCUGAUAAUUUGGACAGCGUUGCAAAGGAAGUGAUUGAACUAUUGCCAACCCCUUCAUCUACCAAACCUCAGUUUACUAGGGUACCAAGCAUUAAGCUGAGGAAGAACAGGACAGUUGCACCUUCUUUCAUCAUGAACAAUCAAGCAAAAGCUAGGAAAACUUUUGUCAAGGGGAAAACCAUCCGUGCCAAUGAUCCUAAUCCAGAGAAGAUAGAUCUUAAUGCGUUGAGGCAAAAGCUUAGGAAACUCAAAUCAUUUCCAGACAGGAAAGAAGACCACGUGGCAUCUGGAUCUCUAACAAGUGGAGGCAAUGAACCUUUUUGGGUUAAAGUGGUAUCCCAGACUCAGAGAACCUACAAAGAUGUUCCCAAAGUUGAAAGGAGUAGAUCACAAAGAACUAGUUUUGACUCUGAAGACAAAGUUGGGCCAUCUCUCAGGUUAAAUUUCAGUAGAGGUAACACUACAAACCUUCAGCCUAACAGCAGCUCUCCGCCAUGGCUCAGAUUUCGGCAAGCUAAAAUGGUUGGUGAUAACCAGAAUGCCAAAGUAUCGAUAGCAAAGAGCUUCAGAAACAGGAUGAAAUCAAAUGCUGGAGGGCCGAGUCCUCCCUCAAAGUCUAUUAACCAUGUGAUUGAGGAAACUGCAGGCAAGCUUGUUGAAUCUAGGAAGAGCAAGGUUAAGGCUUUAGUGGGCGCUUUUGAAACUGUCAUUUCUCUUCGAGAAACCCCAGUAGCAUGAUUACUUUCUGAUGCUAUGUAGAUACUCAUGAGUCAAUUUCUACCCUUUUAUUUCCAUUUGAAUUAGUUGAAUGACUUUUGUUGGAGGGUUUUGGGGAAGUGCAUUGUGUAUUGAAAGAGAAAAACUUGAUAAAGUUGGAUUUGAGUUGCAGUGGCAAGAUUUGCUUGAGGUGUUCUGUGAAUGUGUAUCAAUCAGUCUCAGAUUGUAUGUUUUCCA